GCGGCGGCGGCGGCCGGGCAGGCGGGCCCCGGAAGGAGUUCGUCCGCGGGGGUCACCAUGGGCAGCAAGAUGGCGGCCGCCAGCAGGGUCGUUCAGGUAGUCAAGCCCCACACGCCAUCGAUUAAGUUCCCUGACAGAAAAAACAGCCCCAAACUCAACGUCACCGAUGCCCUUCGGGCGAUGGCGUUGCCACCGCAGGCCACCGCCUCGUCCCAGCAUUCCCCGGCAGGGAGACCGCCGGGCUUACCUGUCGGUCGGGGUCCGCCGGACACGGCCGAAAUCGUAAAGACGCUACCUCGGAAAUACAGGCGGAAAGCCGUGUCACCCGAAGAGAUUGAGUUCAUUACGCGCGGAGGUCCCGAGUAAUCCCUGAAGACCCCGUUCUCGGACAGAAAAUCAGUUGUUGUCUUCACAAUAAAGGCCUUCCCCCAAAUCACGAAUGUUAACUCUCUAUGAGAUCCUUUGAAUAAAGACCCUGGAGCAAUGGUAA